AUGGCGCGCGACCAACUCUUGAGCCGCCGCUCCAGCCGUCACGGCUCCAGACCGACAAAGACGUGCAACGCCCCUGACUGCCAUCGCGAGCGCAUGUCCAAGUCUCACGACGGCGAGACAAGAACCUCCAAGUUUUGCCAGAGACAUUCCUGCUCGCUGAGCCCCAGCUUGGGCCUGUGCUGCGCUGGAAAGAGGUCUUCAGAUGCCUUUUGCCAUGAACAUUCGACGUGCGUCGUCGAGGGCUGCAAGUCUCGAAUCGAUCCGGCCUCCUCUUCCAGGCGACUGUGCCUCCAACACAAAUGCCACAUCCAAAACUGCGACAACCGCGUCGACGCCCCGUCCUACAACUUCUGCUGGGCACACGACCGAGCCAUCUUCGACAGCUUCCGGUACAAGACUCACAUUCUGCCCGUUGCGGUCUACGCUGCUACUACUACCCCUUCGCCGUCGCCGUCGCUUCCGCCUUCUUCCCCCCGGCUUUCUAUCCGUAAGGAACCGGCAGCGAGCGCCGACGUGUCCUCUGAAGACUCUCUGGGUGUUCCUCGCAGCAGCAGCAGCAGCGCUACCCCAAGCGUGAGGGAAGAGCCUACUGUUCAGGACGCCGCCGCCCCGGGGGAACAACGUUUGGAGCGACAGCAGGUCGAAAUCGCGGGCCCGGCGGCUGGACAAGACAAGUUUCAGACGGGGAAGGAGGAGGAGGAGGGUCUGCCGGCAUUCUUCUCGGGAGUUGGCGUUGGGCUUUGUAUUUUGCUGCAGAUUAUUUAUGCUGUUGUGCAGCUGCUGUUGGAGCUGGUGCGAGGGGGUAGGAGGGGGUGGUGA